GACUGUUGAAGCACUGUACAUGAAUGCAUUUUUCACAGAAAAUCUGCUAUUACAACAUCAAAUCAUACUCAAAACAGAACCAUUCUGUACGCGCCCCAAGAACCAACCCUCGCGAGAGUGUGACAUCAGGUUUACAUGCGCUGUAUCGUCACGACCCUGACUCUUGAUGCCCUUUGGUAAGAAACCCUGUAACCAAAUGCCAUCUGCCUCUCUAUUGGCUUGGCCUGCCCCCCACUUUCCUGACCUUCUCAGCGCAUAUUCAUGAGGUUUCUUGUCGCCUUGUGUGUGCAUAUGCAGCUGCCUGUUCCUGAGCUGUGUGUGAAGAGGGAGGGAGUGAGAGAAAGAGGGGGGCGGUUGAGACCGACCGGGGAACAGCAGAAUAGCAGCAGUGCUGGAGGCUCCAGCCAUGUCAGUUUUCUCUACAAAGCUGGACAGACGAUGAGAAGAAAGAAACCAUGGCUUUGUCACUGAGUGCAGAUGAAGAGGAUUAUGAUUCGGAAUCUGAACAGCAACAGGCAGCCAACCGGCCAAAGCCGAAGAUUGGGGCAGUCGCAGCGGUCAAGCUGCCAUCCAAUCGCAGUGCAUCCGGCGCCAGGCGCAGGAGAACACGCUGCCGAAAGUGUGAGGCCUGCCUCCGAACCGAGUGUGGAGAAUGUCACUUCUGCAAGGACAUGAAAAAGUUUGGAGGACCAGGGCGCAUGAAGCAGUCCUGUAUCAUGAGGCAGUGCAUUGCGCCGGUCCUUCCCCACACAGCGGUGUGUGUGGUGUGUGGAGAGGCAGGGAAGGAGGACACACUGGACGAGGACAAGUUCAACGUCAUGCUCAUGGAGUGCUCUAUCUGCAAUGAGAUUGUCCAUCCCAACUGUUUAAAGGUAAAAGAUGCCUCUGGCGUGGUGAACGACGAGCUUCCUAACUGUUGGGAAUGUCCCAAAUGCAAUUAUGCUGGAAAAUCUGGAAAAGUCUGCAAGCAAAAAAGAGGACCAGGGUUCAAGUAUGCAUCCAACCUCCCUGGCUCCCUGCUGAGGGAACAGAAGGCAGUCAAGGAGGAGGGCGAGUCCAUGUCUAUGUCAGCCACCAAGAGGAAGCCUGAGAGAGACGAAACCCCCAGAUACAGGCCAGAGGAGAGGGAGCCCCUCCACAGACACCCCCCUGUUCUGUCCCCCAGCACUCUGCCUCGGCCCAGACCUGAGGACAAACUGAGGAAAAAGAGAAAGCUAUUUGACGACGACGAGGAAGAGGACUUUUCCAUGAGGAAGAAGGGCAAGUCAGAUGAACCCCUGUUCCCCAAACUGCUUCAUCAGAUCAAGACUGAGGAGGACCAGGACGAGGAGGUGGACGUGGAAGAGAAGGACUUUUUCCGGCACGUCCUGGAGCGGAGAAGCCGCGUAGACGACCCAGAGGAGGCAGAGUACAGGAAUGAUGAGGACGCGAAGACCAGUCCUCCUCUAAAAACUCCCCUUCUAGACAGCGACCAGUCUCACUGUAGCUCCCCGCGGGCUGGCCCCAGCAGCGAAGGGGGCAGUGAACCCCAGGAGAAGGGUCCGCGCCCCAAACUUCGCCGCAAACGCCGUUUACCCAACAAAGAGCUGAGCAAAGAACUGAGUAAAGCACUAAACCAGGAGAUCCAGAAGACGGAAGACUGCUUGGCCAAUGAGAACCGGCAGCCACUGAAGGUUGAACCGGAGAGUGAGAAUGAGGAGCCUAGGAGGGGCUUCCGCAAUGGCAGUGACCUGCUGGGAGGGGAGCGUCCGCACCUCCGCACCAAGGAGAUGAACGGCACGCCCUGGGAGCUGCGUCACUUCUACCCGAGCCAGAUUACCCCCCUGGGCUUCAACAGGAGCUCCCCUGGACCCCGGCCCCUGCCUCCGCUCUCCCCGCCCAAGUGUGUCCAGAUGGAGCGCCAUGUAAUUCGUCCGCCCCCCAUCAGCCCCCCGCCGGACAGACUGCCCCUGGUAGCUGGGAAGACCCACACGGUGCAGCGGGAGAUCUGGAUGAAGAUCUUCGGGCACCUCACACACAGGGAGCUGUGUGUCUGCAUGGGCGUCUGCAAGACGUGGAACAGAUGGUGCUGUGAUAAGAGGCUGUGGACCAGGAUCGAUCUGAACCGCUGUAAAUCCAUCACUCCCCUGAUGCUGAGCGGUAUCAUUCGCAGACAGCCCCUUUCCCUGGACCUCAGCUGGACCAACAUCUCCAAGAAGCAACUGAGCUGGCUCAUCAACCGCCUACCAGGUCUGCGUGUAUUGCUGCUCUCGGGCUGCUCGUGGAUGGCUGUGUCUGCCCUCUGCACCUCCAGCUGCCCUCUGCUGCGCACCCUGGACGUGCAGUGGGUGGAGGGGCUUAAAGACGCCCAGAUGAGGGACCUGCUUUCGCCCCCAACCGACAACAGACCAGGUCAGUUGGAUAACCGCUGUAAGCUGAGGAAUGUUGUGGACCUGCGUCUAGCCGGGCUGGACAUCACGGAUGCCUCUUUGCGUCUGAUUAUUAGACACAUGCCGUUACUAUCCAAACUGGACCUGAGCUACUGCAACCACGUUAACGACCAGUCGGUCAACCUGCUGACAGCCGCAGGGACCACAACCAGAGACUCCCUCACAGAGAUUAACCUGUCAGUUUGUAAUAGGGUGACAGACCAUUCCCUUACCUUCUUCAAGCGCUGUGGAAGCAUCUGUCUCAUUGACCUACGCUACUGCAAACAGGUGACGAAAACGGCCUGUGAACAGUUCAUAGCAGAGAUGUCUGUGAGUGUGCAGUUUGGACUCAAAGAGGACAAAUUACUGCAGAAACUGAGCUAGUUCAUAGCUCAGGAUGCUGACAUGGAGGCCAAAAUGUACACGGCAACAAAGAACUACCGUUUGCACUAAAAGGAGCAAGACAAGUUUUCCCAAAACAAGCCUGGACUAGUUGGGUUUUGUAUGUUUAAUACCUUUUCUCUGCUGUUAGAUUAUUGAAUGAACACAGUCACAUGAUCUAAUGAGAGAAGUAGAAAUGUAUGUCAACAGAGGGGAUGGUCAGCAUUAUAAUUUUUAUCUCGGUGACUUUCGAGCUGUUGAAACCCUCAGAAUCCUGAAAGGAAAAGAUGUACAGCUACCGGACAGCAGGAGCGGUUGAGAGGAAACAAAGCACGCAUGAGUUAUACUUUUUUGUGAUGAUACCUUUUUAAAGGUUUUUGGUUUCAUUGAAUUUGUUUCCUAUAAUUUAGAAUUGUUUUAAAUGUUAAACAUUUUGUUUUAUGUAACCAUAAUUCACUCUUUGGUGAAACUCUUUUCAAUGCUGAAUUAAAACUAUGUGUGCAGUACCAUACACACUCAGUUAUGAACACAUAAUUGUCUUAGAAAUAAAUAUUGACUUACAGUACUUUAAAUCAGUUUGCUGAACACAGAAUAUAGUAAUAUAUAUUUUUGGAUGCUGUGUUUUAUCUAAUCAUGUGCCAAAUUCUGAUGUUGACAUUACAGGUUUAUUGGUAGUUAUUGACUUUGACUGGAUUUACUUCACCUAAAACUUAAAAAUAAUACCACUAUACUGCAAUGAUUGUCUAAAAUAAUGGUGUAAAGAUAAUUAGAUAAAUGAAUACAUCUGGGAAUUAAUCAGCUAAUACAUAUUGACAUGAGGAAAGUUAUACAAAUUAACUUUUUCAAUAUCCUAAUGAUAUUGUUUCUUUGUUUUGUACUUUUUUUAUAUCAUUGUGUUUUAAAUGUUUUAGCACUGAAGAGCACAUUCUGCAAGAGCCCGUACUGUGAGAUUCUGUUAAGAAAUUUUAUUUGGGGCUAAUCUUGAGUUCUUUUUUCUUUUUUUUUAAAGCAGUAACCUCACCUCUAAGUAAAAAGCUGAGAGCUGGGUCUCAAUAAAUGCAACCACUCGAAAAUGUAAAUUAAAACCUAUGGCUUUGAGGAUUUCUAGUUUUUACCAUGUUUUCAGUCUAAAGUGUUUUCAGUGUACAUUGUUUACAAACAUUGGAAUAAAACAUGCAUAUAUUUGGGGUUUCAA